AGGCUGUUUCUGAAGCAAAGAGAAAGAGGAAAAGAUUGACCCACAAUAACACUCCAUCGAGUAGCCACGAGACAGAACAUGAAUCGACUGAUCUUCACAUAAAUGAUGAUACCACAGCUGCAACAGCCCUUCUGGACCUUUCUUCAGUUUCAGAUCUUUCAGCUCAAAUCAUCACGGAUAGCUUUGAUAAGAUGGACCAAUCCUGUCAGACCGAUGCUACAUGUGAUGAACUGAUUAAGUUAAAACUGGAAAACAAGAUUCAAAAAGAUGAACUCUCAAAGUGCAGAGAGCAAGAUGUAAAUGCACAGCAGAAAAGCACUUUUUCUGUUGAUGAUGUCAGAAAUGAUGACAAGCAGGCAAAAUUCUACACUGGUCUGACAUGGCUUCAGUUCAUGGCUCUCUGGAAUUUCCUUGGACCCUCUACAGAUAAGUUAACAUAUCACAAAAGCACAUUAAGGUCAGAAAUAUCUCCAAGUAAAAGGCCAGGUGUCAAAAGAAAACUGGAUCCCAUUAAUGAACUAUUUCUUACCCUAAUAAGACUGAGAACUGGCUUACUUCAUCAGGAUUUGGCAUUUAGAUUUGGAGUUUCUGUUAGUUUAGUCUCAAAAAUAGUCACCACUUGGAUUCAGUUUAUGUAUCUUGAGUUUUCCACAUUGAGAAAACAAAUGUUUGCAUCUCGAGAAAUUGUUGCCAGAAAUCUCCCUUCGUGUUUUAAGAGAUUCAAAGGGAUUAGAACCAUUAUUGAUUGUACUGAAUUUUUUGUUGAACAAGCCUCUAAUUUUGAGCAACAGGGUAAUCUGUACUCAUCGUAUAAAAGUCAUGGGACAUAUAAAGUUUUAGUAGGUGUGUCCCCCACUGGCGCUGUUAUGUUUGUAUCUGAUGCAUACGAAGGGUCGAUCUCUGAUGUUGAAAUUGUAAAGCAAAGUGGAUUUCUUGAUAAUCUUGAAGCUGGGGAUCUUGUUCUAGCUGAUCGGGGUUUCACAAUAAGGGAAAUUUUAGCAGAAAGGGGGGUUCACCUUAACAUCCCACCAUUUUUGAGUGGGAGAAUACGGCUCACGCCAGAGGAAGAAAUUUACACUAAAAAGAUAGCAAGAGUAAGAAUCCAUGUUGAAAGAUGCAUCGAGAGAAUAAAAAAAUUUAGAUUGCUCAGUAAAGUUGUACCCCUGUCACUGCAGCCUGUAUUUUCACAAAUGGUUUUUGUUGCUGCCUGCUUAGUCAACUUUCAAGAACCACUUGUAACAUAACAGGAAAGAUGUUGAACGUGAGGUAGCAGUGAAGUUCUUGAAUUAAUUCAUACAUGAGCUGUUGAAUUAACUACUCUGUCAUGAAGUAAUUAAUUGUAAUAGAAAUGAAGUUCAAAUAAAAACAUUUCAGAUGCA